AUGCUUGCAUUCACAGUGCGUCUUUGUUUCUCCUUAAUCAGUCUCUGGCGCCAGGCAACUAUGCCCUUGCAACAAGCCCGUUUUCAUGGCAAUGACAAAAGGCAAGACACUGGACUCAUCUUGGAUUCUACUUAUGCAAAUAGCAUAUCUCCUGGCUCGUUGGAUAAUAGCUUCUCUGCGCCCUCAUCCCCACGGCCAAUGCCCAAGUAUGCCGAUGUUGGUAUCUACUCACUCGAAGACCAAUAUCUCACUCCUGCUCCCCCGAACAACGAGCUCAUACAUGCCAUUAUUGUGCCAAAUUAUCAUGAAGAUUUGCAUACUUUAUUUACCACACUGAGCGUUUUGGCUAGUCACGCACGUGCAUCUUCUCAGUACGAGAUCUUUCUCGCCAUGGAAGAGAAGGAGAAUGAGGCGGUAGAAAAGGCGAAAACGCUGAUCUCCAGUUUUGGCAAUUCAUUCUAUGCCAUUCACGCCACAUUUCACCCUGUAGGUUUGCCAGGGGAAAUAGCCGGUAAAAGCUCCAAUGUCGCCUACGCUGCACGCGAGAUAACAAACUUGCAUCGUCAUGAGUUAUCUGAAGACAAUUGCAAAGUAGUCAUAACAGUCAUGGACGCCGACACACAUUUAUUACAGGAGUACUUCCUCGAAGUCCGACGCCUCCAUUAUGAACACAUCGAUACCGCAGAUCGCCAAUUAUACAGCUGUCCAAUUCUGUUUGAUCGAAACUCCUCCGAGACGCCAGUCCUCGUUCGCUGUGCCGAUAUAAUGUGGGCGUUUGCCGGGAUAUCGACAAUGUACCCAGGCUCGCCUGUGUCAAUUCCUACUUCGGUCUACUCUCUGCCUAUCCAACUUGCCAAUCAAGUAGGUGGCUGGGACAGUGAUCCGACUGCGAUUGGCGAGGAUAUGCACAUGAUGUUGAAAUGCUAUUUCAAAACUGGUGGCUCUGUCAUCACGCGCGCUGUGCAUGUCCCUGCAUCACAAUGCAAUGUCUCAAGCGACUGCCCCAUUAAGGGCUGGCGGCGCACAUUAGACACCUGUAGCAAUCGCUACAAGCAGGCGCUACGCCAUAUGUGGGGAGCUCUUGACACCGGAUAUGCUCUCCGCAAUAGCAUGCCUUUUGCCAACAUCAAGUCGAAGAGGACGCAAUUAUGGGCGUUUCCGAAUAUGCUUCAACCCCUGGCGCUGGUUCACUUGCUAUGGGAGGCUCAUUUCCUACCAUGCCAUUUAACAGUGCUGCUCAUCUUUUCCGUUAUAUACACCGCCUUCAGUCCUCCGGAGACCUUGCAUCCCACCUUAGUCAGGGCUUUUUCUCUCGCCAAUCUCAUCCGUACAUUAUCCUUCAUCGGUAUGAAUAUCAAUCUCACCAUAUAUGAUCAGUGGCACCAAACCUGGCUCUGCGCCCGCCGGCGUGACAUGGCGGAAUCCAACCUGAAAGACUGCGGCUUCUCGUCGCGGACCUGGUGGCACGUCGCCCAAUUGAAAGAACGCAUAUGUUUUCCUGUUUCGGGCAUCAUCUUUGGUGCUUUAGCGAUGGGCCACGCUGUUUUUUCGCACUUUUGGACAGAUCGUCUAGUUUACCGUGUUAGCAAAAAGCCAACUUUUGCCAACCCGGAUCACUAUUCUUUGGCUUGA